AAUCAAUAAAUAAACCUCAGUAAAACAUUUGUUCACUUUAACAGCCAGCCAACGCCGCAAUCUCGUCGGAAACAGAAAUAAACACAGCGAAAGCGGAGCAAUGAACUCGGUGGCGGCAAGGUGCGCGUGGAACGUGUUGAAACGGGCGAGUCAGGGGGUGGAGUCAGCGACGACGACACUGGGUCAUCGACAUGAGCAAUCGAGAGGGAUUCGGGUGAAGGUUAUGAACGGGAACCUGGAGUGGGCGCUGACGGUUAUGCAGAGGAAGAUGACGUCGAGUGGGAUCGAGCGGAUGAUAAAGCGGGAGCAAACCCACCACCUCAAGAACUCAGAGAAGCGCAUCUUGGCCCGCAAGAAUCUCGAACAGAAACUCCGAUCUCAAGACCUCGCUCGCAAGCUCAAGGCCGUCCUCCUCAAGAAAGUCAGAGGCCUGUGAGAAUGUCGUUCGAGCAGAUGCUGGAUUGGCAUUUACCAUUUUUUUGGUUCCAGAAUUUCACAGCUAAAUACAGCACUCUCUUUUCAUUUCCGCUGCGACUGUAGUUUUUAUAGACAAGUAAGUUUUUAUUGACGAGUAAUUUACUCAGAUUCUUCAAAGAUAUUAUUUGUCAUUCAAGCUCGAGUAUAAAUUUUCCUUGUCAUGCAAGAAGCCUUU